UUGAAGAUCAGCAGAUUGGCGCUACGGUACCUCCAGCUCAUCAUGGCUGCCUCCACAUUUUGCCCCGCGUUGUCGCCCUUACUUAGAAUAAACUGUAAGCUUAACGGUGUUUACACACGUAUUUCACUUAACAGAAGAGCUGCGUACUCCUUAGGACUGACAAUAAGCAAUGGCGCUGAGCGGCAGGGUUUGCCAGAGAGAGGCAGUCAGGGGCAGAGGAGACAGAGAAGGGCCGUUGAACCACGGACAGAGCGAAUGCCAGUGGACCAGGACUGGACCGCUGUAUACCCCACUGCAGCGUCUUUCAAGCCAGAUGCUGUCCCACUGCCUGUGCGGAUGGGAUACCCAGUCAAAAGAGGUGUGCCUCCUGGGAAAAAGGCCAACCUGGAGCUUAUAAAGAUUCCAAACUUCCUACACUUAACCCCAGAGGCCAUCAAGAAACACUGUGAAGCCCUUAAGCCAUUCUGCACGGAAUGGCCUGCUGCUUUGGACUCUGAUGCUAAAUGUGAGGAGCAUUUCCCCAUCCAGGUGGAGAGUAAGGACUAUGUGUCUGCUGGACCAUCACUGAGGAACCCAAACGCUAGAAAUAUUACUCUCACUGUGAAGCUGUCCAGUUUGAACCUAGAUGAGCAUGCGAGGAAGAAGAUGAUCAAACUAAGUGGAGAGCGUUACAACAAAGAUACAGACACUCUCACCAUCACCACCGACAGUUGCCCAAUGAAGCAGCAGAACUAUAACUAUGCCAUGUACCUGCUCACUGUUCUGUACCAUGAGUCCUGGAAAACAGAGGCUUGGGAGAAAGAGAAGACACGCGCUGAUAUGGAGGAGUACGUUUGGGAGGACAGCCUGUCUCAGAAGAACAUUCUGGAAACCUUGUUGCGCAUGCGUCCACUCGGGGAGAAGGAGGAGGAGGGGGAAGUGCGGGAGGAGUUACUGGGGCGAGCGGAGGUGCAGGAGUACAAAGACUCAGUAACCAAGCUGAAGAACGAGGGAGAGACUGAGAGCAACAUGCAGCAAUACAAAGAAGCGGUGAAGAAACUUCUCAAUAUCUGAGGAACAGUGUAUAGAUGAGGGAGAGAAGGUGGACAUUAGCCUUGCCAAGCCAAGAGUGCUGCUUUAGGAUCAGUUUCUAGCCAUAUGUAACAUAAUGAAAGCAGUUGAUAUGAUGGAACUGAUCCUAAAUCAUCACUCUUGCGCUGAGAUCCUUGAUACAUGUGGGCUCCAGUCUCAAACCAAGCAGUUGAGACCUUUCCAUCUUUAUCACGUGAUUAAACAUUCUCACAGCACAGUGUUUACCUAUAAAGAUUCAGUUUCUUAGGACUAAGGUGCACAAGUGCUUCUCGAUUGACUAACCAUUGAUAAAGAUGCCAUUCUCCUUUGGCGUCAAAUACACAACGUCAAGUACUAGUAGUAUAUGCUUACAGACUAAUUGUUUAAAAGUUAAUUGGUGGUCCUGUUCUUAUUUUUUGAUAUGUAUUUAUAUGUAUCAAUAGCAAAUUAAAUUGUCUGGUGUUUACAAACCACA